AUGGCUAUCAUUUGUGGACUGGGACCUUUGGUGAUCUGAAUUGGAUUUGAAAGUAAAUGUUUUUAUUUUUCGGAAGACACAAGGAAUUGGAUAUUCAGUCAAAACUUUUGUGCUUCCUUAGAAGCCAGCCUUCCUCAAUUUGAAACUCUGGAGGAAUUGAAUUUCCUGAAAAGAUACAAAGGCCCUGCUGACCAUUGGAUUGGCCUGAGCCGAGAAUCAGCACAGGACAUUUGGAAGUGGACAGACAACGCUGAAUACACCCUCUCGUUUGGCAUCAGAGGAGUUGGAGAAUGUGCCUAUCUAAAUGACAAUGGAAUCAGCAGUGCCAGGACCUACACAGAUAGGAAAUGGAUUUGUAGCCAGCCAAACAGUUAUGUCAGCAGCUGCCAAAUUACAGAUGCUUAGGGAGGAUGCAUUUUAAAUUG